CUCCUCACUUCUCUCCUCUCCUGCUCCUGAGAAGACAGACCGACAAGCACCUCCACCUCUUCUACUCCAUCAUGACAACCAUGAUGUUCUCCUCCUCCCGGAGCUCGAUGGGCGGCGGCCUUGGGCGGGCCUCUUUUGGCUCCGGCAGAGGCAUGAGCUCGUUCAGCGUGGCCGGAGGGGCGGGUGGCGGCGGCAUUAGGGUCUCCCAGGCCAGCCGGAGCUUCUCCUCCGGCGGUGGAGGAUUCGGCUUCGGUGGGGGAGCAGGUGCAGGUUUUGGUGGAGGUGCAGGAUUUGGGGGAGGUUCAGGAUUCGGUGGAGGUGCAGGUUUCGGGGGCGGUUCAGGAUUCGGUGGAGGUGCAGGAUUCGGGGGCGGUGGAGCUGGGAUGGAUGACAGUCUCAUUGGCAACGAGAAGUUCACCAUGCAGAACCUGAACGACCGUCUCGCCUCCUACCUGGCCAAGGUGGCGGCUCUGGAGAAGGCCAACGCCGAGCUGGAGCUGAAGAUCCGGCAGUUCGCAGAGACCAAGAUCGGCCCGUCCGCCCGGGACUUCAGCGCCUUCUUCAUCACCAUCGCAGAGCUACAGGGCAAGAUCCAGGACGCCAUCAUCGCCAAAGGCACCAUCAUGCUGAGCAUCGACAACGCCAGACUGGCUCAGGACGACUUCAGGAUCAAGUUUGAGAACGAGCUGUCCAUGCGUCAGUCGGUGGAGGCUGACAUUGCUGGGCUGAAGAUGCUGCUGGGGGAGGUGGGCAUGGCCAAGACCGACCUGAGCAUGCAGAUCGAGGGGCUGAAGGAUGAGCUGGUGUCCAUGAAGAAGAACCACGAGGAGGACUUGGUGUCCAUGCGUGGCCAGGUGUCCGGCCAGGUGAAUGUGGAGGUAGACGCUGCUCCUCAGGAAGACCUCACAAAGGUCAUGGAGGAGAUCAGAGAACAUUACGAGACUGUCGCCGCCAAAAACCGCAAAGAGCUGGAAGGCUGGUUCCAGGCUAAGUCGGAGACCCUCUCAAAGGAGGUGGCGACUGCAGAGAUGACACUGAAGACGACGGGCACGGAGGUGAAGGAGGUGAAGAGUCAGCUGCAGGCUCUGGAGAUCGAGCUCCAGUCUCAGCUCAGCAUGAAAGCCUCUCUUGAAGCCUCACUGGCCGACGUCCAGGGUCGCUUCGCCAUGCAGAUGAGCAGCUACCAGAUGCAGGUGACGUCCCUGGAGGAGCAGCUGGUGCAGCUGAGGGCCGACCUGGAGCGUCAGGGACAAGAGUACCAGAUGCUGCUGGACGUCAAGACCAGGCUGGAGAUGGAGAUCGCCGAGUACAGGAGGCUGAUGGACGGGCAGGCGUCAGCUCUGUCCUCCUCCUCCUCCUCUUCUGCUAAUUCUUCUACAGUCACAACCGUGACCACCAAAACACUCAUCAAAAAGAUCGUUGAGGACACGGAGAGCAUCUGAGACCAGUCCAAGGCUGUCCAACCGGGGGCGGAGUCAGACCUCACCCUAUCCCGUUCCUGCUUGUGGGAGUGGAGAACCCCUCCACCUGGAGAGGAGCGCUCCAUCUUCAUCUUUUCACUCGCUUCCUGCAGAAAAUCAAACUGCUGUCGACUAAAAGGUGGUGGAUUUCUGCUGGAAAACUUCUGCCUGUCUUCAUGAAAUAAAACGAAAGCUAAACUCA